AUAUUGUUGUUGUUUGAAUUCGAUUUGAUGAUGUUCCUGUUGUUUUUAUUUAACUGUGAACUUGGAUGCUUUUCUUUUAAAUUUGAAAAUUCCCUCGCGAUUUGAACUGAUUGGUUUUGUUUUGCUGUGGGGAAGAGAGUUUGCUGGACGGAUCGUGAAUGCCACAAUGAGGAGCAUUUGCAGCAUUAGAUGGAAUCAACCGAGGAGUAUGAUGAAUUUCUAAAGAAGGUGGAGAGGACUAUAUAUCUGGACAACAUCUCACCGACCGUGACUGAACCUGUCUUGAAAGCUGCUAUUGAUCAGUUCGCCAAAGUAAUUACGGUUCAGUUCAUACAUGCCUACCUGCAACCAAAUGGCAUCCAUGCUGCCCUAGUGGAGGUGGAAAACAAAAAACAGGCAGAAACUCUCAUAAAUGAGCUGGAGAGUGUUCCAUUCAUGAUUGGUGGAAUGCCUAGGCCUGUCCGGGCCCAGGCUGCUCGUAUUGAGAUGUUUGCUGAUCGUCCCAGAAAACCAGGACGUCGUAUACAGUGCAGAUGGGUGACCAACAGGGACCCCCAGUAUGAUGUGGCUAUGAAAGCCCAGAAACUGGUGAAGAAACAUGCUGAAGAAGUUGCAUUCUUGCUCAACGAACAAGUGAAAGAGGAGGAACAACUUGCGAAAAAGCAGAGUCACACUCUGAAUGCUCACCACGAUAAACUUAAGCUGAUUGAGAGUAUUUCUGGUGAAGGAAAACUUAGAAAGCUGGCGCAGAUUUAUGAGAUUGACAUUUGAUGUUUCCCAGUUUUGUCCCUUGCUUGUUUGGUGCAGCUGUUAACUGUGAAAGUUUUUAGUCUCACAUCAGAAGAAACAGAUACCAUGAAUCAUGCCAUGCCAUUUUUUACAACUAAGUAAAACAUGUAUAGUGGCACUCUUGGUUGGUGGCAUGGAAUUCUAGUUUUUGCUACACUACUGUUCGAUAUAGACUAAUGGAGGAUGACUCGAGAUUACAUGUUAGAAAAUUUUCAGUAAAUUUGGAUGAUAACUUUCAAUGCUA